CCGCUCCCGCUGCUGCUCCCGCUGCUGCUCCCGCCGCUGCUCCCGCCGCUGCUGCCGGCGGCGGCGGAGGGGUGCGGGCCCUGCGAGCCGGGGCGCUGCCCGCCGCCGCCGCGCUGCGCCGCGCCCGAGCUGACGGCGCCGGACGAGUGCGGCUGCUGCGAGCGGUGCCUGGGCGCCGAGGGCGAGGCGUGCGGCGGGCGCGGGGCCGGCGGGGCGCGGGGGCCGCGCUGCGGGCCGGGGCUGGUGUGCGUGAGCCGCUGGCGCCCCGGCGGCGAGGCCCUGGAGGGCGCGGGGCUGUGCGUGUGCAAGGAGGACGGCGCGGUGUGCGGCUCCGACGGGCGCUCCUACCGCAGCCUGUGCGCCCUGCACCUCCGCAGCUGGGCGGCCCUGCGCGGCGGCGGCGAGCGCAUCCGCAAAGCGCACGACGGCGAGUGCAAGCUCGCUCCUGUGAUUAUUGUGUCGCCAAAGAAAAUUCACAAUGUUACUGGAGCCCAAGUGUACCUAUCCUGUGAAGUGAAGGCUAUGCCCACUCCUGUCAUCACAUGGAGAAAGGUCUCAGAGUUACCAAAAGGAGUCAAACUUCUAGAGGAGCUGCCUGGAGACAGAGUGAACAUGGCUGUGCAAGUUCGGGGAGGACCUUCCAAACAUGAGAGCACAGGGUGGGUUUUGAUUAACCCACUAAUGAAGGAAGAUGAGGGGGUCUACCAGUGUCAUGCAACUAACAUGGCUGGAGAGGCACAUGCAGAUGGGAGUAUCACAGUGACAGAGCAGAACAAAAGCAAGGCAUCCCUUCCGACAUGGGACAACCCUUUCUAGUAGAGAGAAAGAAUUUGUUCAUUCAAGAAGAGCUGACCUGCGAAGUACGAAUUAAAAACAGUCAGUUAAUGGUCACCUUUGCUUCCUUCUGUAGUACGAGUUAGAAAAUAUUGCUUUAAUACCCUUGUUUUAGGCUUAAUGUGACUUUUAUACAUUUUCCUAUUUAGAAGAUAUGUGAUUAAUACUGAGAAUACUUAGGUGAAAAUCUGUAUUAAUACGAAAAUAGGUAGAAAAUACAUAGGGAGAAAACACAGAGCAAUAAAAGCAAGGAUUUUUUUUAGCAUUUUUAAGUGA